AUGGAAGGGGGAGAAACACUCGUUCAAUUUGCUAAUAAAUUUCAUGCUGUCCAAGUAAUUGAGCAAUAUAAUGGUCGUAAAUAUGAAGAUGAAGGGUUUAUUUUACAAGUUCGAGCAGCUGCAAAGGAUGAUCCAACACAAAAAAUUGGGGCAGUCAAAACAAAAUUGGCUAGUCUUCUUUUAAUGGUUACAACUUCAAAAGCUGUUGGUGUAGAUGAAAAUACUUCUGUUACAAGUGAAGAAAAUAAAGAAGGGUGGUGAGAAAAAAAUUUUUUUGAAAGAAGGGGUAUUUUUGAAUAUUUUUGAUUAUAUUUAAACUGGUAAUUUCAGCAAAAUUAUUUAUUUUAAAUGUUUUAAUUUAAAUUUAUUUAUUCAAGAAUAAAAAAUGACAAUGAAAGGGAUGUACACUUUACAUAAAGGUUCCCAUUAAUCCUCCAACUCCCUUGAUAUUCCCUUUCAAAAAUUUUAAGUCAAGGGUUAACGUGGAGGGUAGGUUAACUAACAAAGGUGUUUUAUUACAGAAUACAAAAUUUUGUA